ACCAGCAACGAGCUGUCGAUCUCCUCCCAUUCGUCUCGCCGAACUUUGGUAGCAGCAAACCCAUCUUGCUCGACACUAUCCACUGUUCAGCUACCCGCUGUACCUACCUUGCUACCAACCCCUCUGCAUCCCAACCCAGUAGAGGAACGCGACCAUGCCCCUCUCCAUCGAGGAACUGGACAACCAAGUCCGCACCUUCUAUGAAGGUCGCGGCGAGACGCAAGCUCAGGCCCAAACCGUCCUGAACCAGUUCAAGGAAGAUCCCGAUGCCUGGUUGAUGGUCGACGAGAUCCUCCAGAAGGCCACGUACGAGCAGACAAAGUACUUGGGGUUACAGGUCCUCGACAAUGUGAUUAUGACGAGGUGGAAGGUGCUCCCCCGCGAGCAGUGUCAUGGUAUCCGCAACUUUGUCGUUCAGUAUAUCCUCCAAUGUUCGAGUUCCGAAGAGCUUCUCAAGGCCCACCGUGUCCUGCUCAACAAGCUUAACCUUGUUCUCGUCUCCGUCCUCAAGCAAGAGUGGCCUCAUAACUGGCCUACCUUCAUCAACGAGAUUAUCUCUGCCUCUCGCUCGAGCCUUUCGAUCUGCGAGAACAACAUGAUCAUUCUGCGACUCCUCUCCGAAGAGGUCUUCGACUAUUCCGCGGAGCAGAUGACGUCGACAAAGACACGGAACCUCAAGACCACCAUGUGCGCCGAGUUCUCGCAGAUUUUCCAGCUUUGCCAGGAAGUUCUCAACUCUGCCAACCAGCCUAGCCUUAUCAAGGCCACCCUCGAAACCCUGUUGCGCUUCUGCAACUGGAUCCCUCUCGGUUAUAUCUUCGAGACCCCUCUUAUUGAAACCCUUAGGACGCGUUUCUUGGAGGUUCCCGAGUUCCGAAACAUUACCCUCCAGUGUUUGACCGAGAUUGGUGGUUUGCAAAUAGGAGGUCCUACGGGCCAACAGCCCAACUAUGGCGAGGCCCUCAUCAAGAUGUUCACCGAGGUCCUGACGACCAUUUCCAACAUCAUUCCUCUCAGCAUGGACUUGAAGGCGACCUACCCGGCCAGCAACUCUCGCGACCAGGAAUUCAUCCAGAACUUGGCGCUGUUCCUUUGCAAUUUCUUUGGCAUGCACCUGCCCCUCAUCGAAAACCUGCCGAACCGUGACUUUCUUACACAUGGUCACUAUUACCUAAUCAGAAUUUCGCAGAUUGAAGACCGCGAAAUCUUCAAGAUCUGCCUCGACUACUGGCUCAAGCUCGUCCAGGAGCUCUAUGAGGAGAUGCAGGCCUUGCCCCUUUCCGAUAUGAACCCUCUUCUUAGCGGUGGUCUGCAGACCAGCGGCGCCCCGAACCCCGCUCUGCUCAACAACUACCCUCUCCGCAAGCACAAGUACAACGAGAUUCUUUCCAACCUGCGUGUUGUCAUGAUUGAGAAGAUGGUGCGCCCCGAAGAAGUCCUCAUUGUUGAGAACGACGAGGGCGAGAUUGUCCGCGAGUUUGUCAAGGAAACCGACACUGUUCAGCUUUACAAGACCAUCCGCGAGUGUCUCGUUUAUCUCACCCAUUUGGAUGUGGUCGACACCGAGCAGAUUAUGACCGACAAGCUCGCACGCCAAGUCGAUGGAUCCGAAUGGUCAUGGCACAACUGCAACGUCCUCUGCUGGGCGAUUGGUUCUAUUUCUCUCGCCAUGAACGAAGAGACGGAGAAGAGGUUCCUUGUUACUGUUAUCAAGGAUCUUCUUGGACUGACCGAAAUGAAGCGGGGCAAAGAUAACAAGGCCGUCGUCGCCAGUAACAUCAUGUACAUUGUCGGACAGUAUCCCCGUUUCCUCAAGGCGCAUUGGAAGUUCCUCAAGACGGUCGUCAACAAGCUGUUCGAAUUCAUGCACGAGUCUCACGAGGGUGUCCAGGACAUGGCCUGCGAUACUUUUAUCAAGAUUGCCAAGUCUUGCAGACGCCACUUUGUUGCGCUCCAGCCUAGCGAGUCUCAGCCUUUCAUUGAGGAGAUCAUCAGGGACCUUGGCAAGAUCACUUGCGACUUGACUCCUCAACAGGUUCAUACUUUCUAUGAGGCUUGCGGCUACAUGGUAGCUGCUCAAGGCAACAGGCACCAGCAGGAAAGGCUGCUUUCUGAGCUCAUGCAGAUUCCCAACAUGGCGUGGCAGGAGAUUAUCAGGCAAGCUAGCCUUAACCCUAACAUCCUCCAGGAUGCGGACACCAUCAAGGUUAUUGGCAACAUCAUGAAGACCAACGUCUCGGCAUGCUCAUCUAUUGGUACCUAUUUCUUUCCUCAGAUCGGCAACCUCUAUAGCGACAUGCUUCAGAUGUAUGCCGCCACCAGUCAGCUGAUUUCUGAGGCUGUUGCUCGCGAGGGUGAGAUUGCUACAAAGAUGCCCAAGGUCCGCGGGCUCCGAACCAUCAAGAAGGAAAUUCUCAAGCUUAUUGAGACCUAUGUCGACAAGGCUGAGGACCUCCAGGCCGUGCGGGAGCAGAUGGUGCCUCCUCUCUUGGAUUCGGUGCUUGUUGACUACAACCGCAACGUUCCUGGUGCUCGUGAUGCUGAGGUCUUGAGGGCUAUGACCGCUAUGAUCACUAAGCUCUCGGCUUUGAUGGAGGACCAGGUACCGAUCAUCAUGGAGAAUGUCUUCGAAUGCACGCUGGACAUGAUCAACAAGAACUUCUCCGAAUACCCCGAACACCGUGUCGAGUUCUUCAACCUCCUCCGCGCUAUCAACCUUCAUUGCUUCCCUGCGCUUUUGAAGCUUGAUAACCGUCAGUUCAAGUUUGUUAUUGAUUCGUGCAUGUGGGCUAGCAAGCACGACAACCGCGAUGUUGAGACUGCGGGCCUUAACAUGUGCCUGGAGCUCGUCAACAACAUCGCUGAGAAGACUGACGUUCAGACCUCCAACGCUUUCUUCAACCAAUUCUUUGUCAGCAUCCUGCAGGAUGUGUUCUUCGUUCUAACUGACCAGGACCACAAAGCUGGAUUCAAGACCCAGUCCAUGCUGCUCAUGCGCAUGUUCUACUUUGUCCACCCCGCCGAUGGCUCGCCCUCAAGGAUUCAGGGCCCCAUUUACCAGCCCGAUCAGGCCCAGCCAGGUACUAGCAACAAGGAGUUCCUCACCAUGUUCGUGGGUAAUUUACUGCAGACCGCUUUUGCCAACCUUACGCCUGCCCAGAUUACCUCGUUUGUUGAGGGACUCUUCACCCUUAACACCCAGUACGACAAGUUCCGCCUCGCGUUGCGUGACUUCCUUAUCUCCCUUAGGGAAUUCGCCGGCGACAAUGCCGAGCUCUACCUCCUGGAGAAGGAGCAGCAGGAGACGGCGGCCAAGGCGGCCGAUAUCGAGAGGAGAUCCAAGGUUAGCGGCCUGCUGAAACCCAGCGAGCUCGAGGACGAUGAGCUGUGACUAGUUGGAGAGGAGCUUAGGAAUGAGUUUGCGCCGACUUACGAGUCGCGCCGAAAUGACGUACCACCAGAGAAGCCACACAUGAAUGGGCUGGCUGGUGCUGGUGAUAUGGCGAAAGGAAAAAGAAGCGGCGGCGGCAAGGAUCACGACCAAUUCGGUGGCGAUGGAUGGGAGUUCUAUGGUCUGUGAAAUGAAAUAUGGCGGCGUUCUUUAUUCUUUUUGUGUUUAUGUAAGUCACCAAAUCAGUCGUAUUUCUUGUAUGAACCCCAACCCGGCAUUUUAUCAAGAGCCGACCCGCUAGAAUCAGCCAAAUACUAUUGAAUGAGUAGCAUGCUACC